AUGGAUGAACAUCCUGACAGUGCUCUACACUAUGGGCACGUGGGACGAGCUGUCUAUCUCCCGGAGACCAAGACAUGGAAUUUCGCCCGCUCUUUCGCCCGCUGUACCCCGAUCUCAUAUACUGGAGUGACAAAGAAUACGAUACCGUCGGCUGGUAAUACUGCUGAACUGCAACCGCCGCAUAAAAUCUCUCGACGAGCGGACGACAAACUGAUUCCAAGUGCGCACCCCGACUUUGCUUCACAAUGGUCUACUAUCAACGACGAUGCCUACUCCAAGGUUAUUACGAAUGCAGCCGAACUCUGUGACCCCCAAAUCUCGACCCUUUUUGACUUGGGCUAUGCGCUGGACCAUGCGAGUGAUGAUUCAACGAGUAUUCCGGGCCCGGUGGCCAUCGCAGCCGUAGUGACUGGCACAAGUCGUGAUACGAUCUCGUUUCGAAUGAUGAAGGAUGAUGUUGCAGAGAUAGAUCAUAAGGGUUUCUCGUUGCAUGUACCAUCCAUUGGCGAUGCGGAAACAACCGAAUGGUCACAACGGGGAGCCCCCAUCCAGCAAAUCUGUUUUGCGCGGCCCGUGGAAAAGAAGACCGCUUGGAUGGCUGCUCGUUUGAAGACAUCGAUCAUGAUCUUUCGACCCAUUUUUCAGCGGGAGCCCGUACCUGCGCACGUCAAUGACACUGAUACAGAGGCUUUCUCUUUUCCCUACCGAAACUCCCGACUUGAUGCAAAUCCCGUGAUGGAGUUGUCGGAAAAGAUCACGGGAGGAUUCACCUUGGCUGACGUGACUUUCAACCCGUGGUACUCGCGACAAUUCGGCGUUGUCGAUAUCAUGGGCAACUGGUCCGUUUGGGAGAUCACGGGCCGACAAAGGAAGCAUGGAUCCACCUACGCUGCUAGGAAAGUUUCGAUGGCCUCGCUACCAUCAACGGAUGAAAAGCCUCAGUUUGAGCGCCCGAGACAUGACGGCUGGAUGUCGAUUGAGUGGGUUGCUGAUUUCUCGACCGUAGUGGUUUCUGAUCGUCGUUGUACCGUGCUCUACCAGAUAGUUGGCGAGGAUGUUAGAUCCAGCUUCGUCGAAAUGGGUAUGGAAAAGCAAUCCGAGUGGGUUUUGGACCUGCAACGAAGCAUCCAGAAUCCUUCCCACUUUUUUAUUCUUACAACAUCUCGACUGCUCUGGUUUGAUGUCACAACAGCGCCGCUAAAUCCAAAUGGCACGAGGCCACCUCUACGUCCUCGUAUAACCUGGCGUCAUUUUCGAGACCAUGAGGAUACGACAUUACGUAUCAGCGACCUCAUGGUUAAUCGCGAUAUGUAUAUAAUUCUAUACUCGCGACUCACCGAUCUUGUCCAAGGGUUUCCAUGUCCCCUUUUCGCAGGCGCAGAGACAGAGUCUGUCUCGGUACCCGAUCCAUUCAUUCUCAAGGUUCCCAAGAAUCCCAGGGCAGAGGAUGUUUCGUCUCCCGAGAAUAUGUCCACACAUUACUCGAAAUUCGUGUUUCGACAAGUUCACCACACUCCUGCACGCGUGACGAAGAUGCGCUAUAAUCCCAAUAUGACGCUGAUCAAACUCUUCUGGGCUGAUCUAUCCCUGGCCGUUCACGAAACACUGCUCGAAGGCCCAGACAAACACCAGGGAUGGGACGAAGAGGAUGUCCCUUUCGAAAGUGGCAGUAUUUUGCAGGCGAAAAACCAUUCCACACAUAAGAAGGAGAGGAAGGUCGUCGACGACGAGAUCAAUGAUGAGGAGUUUGUUGUGGAUGACUGGGAUGAAUCGACAGUUUCACGCCUCACUCUUCGUCAAGCAGCCCCCAAGGUUUCUGUCAUAAAGCCGUCGCACAAUAGGGACCAAGAUCUCCAAUGGACUAUAGAUUGGACGUCCGUUUACGCCCGUGCAGUGGCAAAUUUGACAGCCCUUACUAAACCACGGGACCCGGAAGGGACUCAAUUGACCUUGAACCAUAUCAUUGAAACCCUGGAAAAGGACCCGGAGGGGGCGUCGGAUGAUUUCUAUGCAAGCGAAACGAUGCUGGAAAUCAGCGGCGAUCGGCCGUUGUUAAACGAUAUUGACGAGGGAGCAGACGAUCUAGCCCGUCUCAUUUCCACUGUUUUGCUGGAGAGCUCCGAUACACAAGCUCGAUGGCGAUACAUGAUCUUGCCUUUGCGGUUUUCCAAUCUGUUCCUCGGCCUAGAGAGCAUUUCGCCGGAGCCGCGGUUGGAUUUCCUGGAAACCUACAGCCAGUUGGUUGACGAGUGGGUUGCCCUGCUCCCCCAUGGCGAAGAAGGCAUACCCGAUUCUACACGAGUGUUGAAAGAGAGAUCUGUUCGAGGCAUUGCUCUUGACCUUCUUUUCGCUCGCCUCAUUCGGAUUUCAAACGUACCCAAUACAGAGAGACAGUCCCGCGAAGCUGAGUCAACCGAUGCGCAACAGAGUCAAAAGGAGCCCGUGCCAUCGUCACAGCAUUCUCGUCAACAAUUGUCAUCUUCACAGGUGACCACCUCUCAAAGAUCGGGUGCAAAAGAUAAGCCCGCAGAAGCCCCCGCCACAAACUACAGCACUCUCUCCGCAUAUACAGUCUUCAAGGAGCCCCGUCCGAUGCCUCAAAACGUAGGAAACUUGUUAUCCCAUUGGCAGAUGGGCGUUGACCCGGCCACCUAUGAAUGGCAGAAGACCUCGCGGCUGCUCGACGAAGAAGGGAACCGGACGGGGUCGAGGACCCCCAGGCACCGGGUGCGCAAGAAGAGAUCGCAGCUUACACCUGCACCGGAAGCCUCAUCCCUGCCGCCGCCUCCGGUCGCACCCAUGAUUCGAAGCUGGGGCAGUCAACCCGACCAGCCGCUGAUGCCCAUCCCAAGCAGCCAACCCACGGUGGACGAGGUGCCGAUGACCCAGGUAGAACGAGGGCAAUUUGGAGCACGGGAAGCCAAGAAGAGCAGCAAGGGCAAGAAAAAGAGACGCGCCGCUGGGUUCUAG